AUGGCGAACCAAACCAUUAGAGAGCUUGUCGCCGCCCCCGCCGUACAACAACCGCUUUGCAUUACCUUUCCUCAAGGCACUACCCCUUUUCAACUCAAAACAAGGUUAAUUCAUCUCCUCCCUACAUUCAACGGUCUUCCUAGCAAAAGCCCACAUAAACAUCUCGCCGAAUUCCACAUGGUGUGUAGUAGCACGAAGCCGCAAAGAGUCUCGGGAGACCAAAUCAAACUAAGGGCAUUUCCUUUUUCUUUAGCUGGAAUGGCUAAGGAAUGGUUAUUUUACCUUCCGCCUAACUCAAUAACCACAUGGGCUGAACUAUCUCGUGUUUUCCUUUAUAGGUAUUUUCUAGCGGCAAAGACCCUUCUUCAGUAUCUCUAUGAAGGGAUGCUUCCGAUGGACAAAAAGAUGGUGGAUGCUGCAAGUGGUGGCGCACUCGUCAAUAUGACGGCAGAAAAUGCUAGAACUCUAAUCUCUACUAUGGCCACAAACUCGCAACAGUUCGGCUCUUCAAGUGAACCUAGCCGACGGGUUCACGAAGUAAGUACCAUUUCUUUGGAAAAUAAAAUAGACAAAUUGACUGAUAUUGUCAAUUCUCUUGUCACAGGUAAGAUAGGAGCCGCGAAGUUGGCCAUUUCACAAGAGAAAUUCCAAACCCAAACACAAUCUCAUCUCCAAGAAAUUGACAAACAAAUAAGCCAACUAGCCCAAACCGUUGGUAGCCUAGAGUCUCAAGGACGAUUGCCCUCUCAAACUGAAACAAAUCCGAGAGAAAAUGUGAGCGCGAUUACUUUACGAAGUGGUACCGUAAUUUCACCAGAGCCGACAAAGGAGCCCGAGAAAAUCGAGAAAAACAAAGAAGACACUUCUUUGAAGAGUCAAGAAGAAAAAUCCUCGCCUACCUCAGGUAAAGUGAUUCCUAGUCCUUCUUUUUCUACUUACGAGACUCCUCCUCCCUUUCCAAGAAAGCUUGCAAGGCGUGACAAAAAGGAAGAGGAGAAGGAAAUUUUGGAUAUAUUCAAAAAAGUGGAAAUCAAUAUUCCACUUCUUGAUGUCAUUCGGAAGGUGCCAAAAUAUGCGAAGUUUUUGAAAGACUUAUGCACAAAUCGGAGGCGGUUAUCCGGCAAUGAAAGAGUUAACCUCAACGAGAAUAUUUCGGCCAUUUUUCAAAGACGCCUACCACCGAAAUACAAGGACCAAGGGAUGUUUUCAAUUCCGUGCAAAAUAGGAAAAGUCGGAAUAAAAAGGGCAAUGUGUGAUCUAGGCGCAUCUAUUAAUGUCAUGCCGCUAAGCGUCUACAACAAAAUUUCAACAGAACCAUUAAAAGAGACGCGAGUGACGGUUCAAUUAGCUGAUUAG